UGCUAGUUCCGCAGGCAUACGAUCCCGAUACGUACGACCUUGACGGACCAGUGCCAUAGACGAACGCCUGAGCCGGAGCCGUAUGAUCCUGAGACUUAUGCGACUUGGGGUCGAAAACACUUUUGCGAGAAAUGGUCCAAGCUACGAGAGACCAUGCUCCGGGAAAGGAAUAUCUACCUUGUUUCCGACCCGGUCUACUUGGAGCGCCAGAAAGCUCUCAGGGUAAUGGAACACAAGAUAGAAGGGCGGCUGUUCAGACCAGCACUUCGAGCAGGCGGGAUGUCUAACAAAGACUGGAAACGAUUGUGGUCUCGACUCUCCAAGGUCUUGCUGCGUGUCCAGCCGCCUACCCCGGUAUCUUCCCGCGCCGACGACAGCGACAGCAAUAACAAUCUCAGCGGGUUUAGCACAAUGAGGAAGCCUAUCACUUCGAGAGGAUCUUCCUCAAAGAGGGCCUCAUUGACUCGGUCAGGGCAAAACACGAAGGCCAAGGUGACAGAUAACGCAAGAAAGAGCUGGAGGACAUAGAGAAGGUUUGAUGUUUACCGGGAAGUGCCAUCAAGUCGGCCGAGUACGAUUAUCGGAUGGGGCACUUCAACCUUCGAGCGGAUGGUUGGACGCAGGGGUAGAUCGACGCUGAGGAUCGGGCAGUAGAUGCGGCGGCCUAGAAACGUAGUAGUGAGUUUGAGAGGCAGUUUAAUAUGCCGCCGAGGAGCCAGGAGGAGAUGAAUUCGAGAU